AUAAUACUACUUGCAUAAAAACGUUACAAAUAAACAACCAGCACUCAAUCAGAUCCAUCACAACAACAUAAAAUAACUUGUAAAAACCUCAUUCCCAAAAAUAAACUCACCCUCCCUCCCACCAAAAUGUGUUCCACCACCACCGACUGGAAACAAGAAACCAUCAACGGCGGAUCCCUCAAACACGUCGACCUCGACACCGGAUCCAACGGCUGGGCUUCACCUCCGGGAAGCCUCUUCAAUCUCCGUGGCCUCAAUUACUUCACAAAAAAGAACAAAUCCCCUUCCGGCCCCUACCUUCUCCAGCCGGCGGGAGUGGACUGGCUACGCGCCGCUUCUAAGCUCGACCACGUCCUCUCACGCGCCGACAACCGUGUCAUGAACGCGCUCAAUAAAAACAGUUGUAAAAAAAGUUUCCUAAUAGCUGUGAAUCUACAAGUUCCGGGCCGGGAGCAUCAUUCAGCGGUUUUUUACUUCGCAACGGAUGAACCGGUUCAACCGGGUUCGUUACUCUAUCGGUUUGUGCACGGGGAUGAUAAUUUUCGAAAUCAAAGGUUUAAAAUGGUGAAUAGGAUAGUAAAAGGGCCUUGGAUUGUAAAAGCAACAGUUGGAAACUAUUCAGCUUGUUUGUUAGGAAAAGCACUGAAUUGCCAUUAUUAUAAAGGACCCAAUUAUUUGGAAAUUGAUGUUGAUAUUGGGAGUUCCAAAAUUGCAACCGCCAUUUUGCAUUUGGCUUUAGGCUGUGUGACUGCGGUUACUAUCGAUAUGGGGUUUGUAAUCGAGGCACAAGAGGAUGCGGAUUUGCCGGAGAGGUUGUUUGGAGCGGUUAGGAUUUGUCAAAUGGAAAUGUCGUCUGCUACGUUUGUUGAGACGACGAAUGCGAAGGUGGUCGUGACGGGUGGACACAGUAAUCGUGUUCGAGAUGAAGAUGGCGAGGAGGAUCACAAGAGGGUUGCAAAAUCAAAAUGAGUUAACUGUGGUUAGUGUUCGGGAAUCUUUAUUUUUACACUAGUUUUUAAUCAUCAUGUGAUGCUAAUUUGCAGAUAAUAAUAAUAAUUAAUGAUAAUUUUAGAAAGAUUCUGUUA